AUGUGUCAGGUGGGCGAGGACUACGGGGGUCCGGCGCUCAGGGAGCCGCCGACCGCUCCGCGGCCUGGCCGUGAGCACAAAUGUGUAAAGUGCAAGGAAGGUGUGCCGGUGGUGGUGAUCCGAGCGGGAGACGCCUUCUGCAGGGAUUGUUUCAAGACCUUUUACGUCCAUAAGUUCAGAGCCAUGCUGGGCAAGAACCGGCUCAUCUUUCCGGGCGAGAAGGUGCUCUUGGCGUGGUCCGGGGGACCUUCCUCCAGCUCCAUGGUCUGGCAGGUCCUUGAGGGCCUGAGUCAAGACUCUGCUAGAAGACUGCGUUUCAUGCCGGGGAUCCUCUAUGUGGAUGAGGGAGUAGCUUGUGGCCAGAGCCCAGAGGACAGAGCCGAGACCCUGACCGACAUGAGGCGGGUCCUGCAGAGCACUGGCUUCCCGUGGCACCUGGUCCCCCUAGAGGAGGUGUUCAGCCUGCCACCUUCCGUGCUGCGUUGCUCUGCACAGGGCCUGGUGGGGCCUGAGGGGGCCUACAAGACUGCUGUUGACAGUUUCCUCCAGCAGCAGCAUGCACUGGCUGCCGAGGGGGCCCAGGAUAGCCCCAGGCUGGCUCUUGGAGAGGAGCAGCUGUGCCAGCUCCCCUGGGACCCCCUGGACUCCCAGAGCCCGGUAGGGCCACCUGCAGCCGCCCAGACUGAGGCUCUGACCAGACUGUUUGGCUCAGUGAAGACACUGACGGCCAAGGAGGAGCUUCUGCAGACACUGCGGACACACCUCAUCCUGCACGUGGCCCGCACUCACGGCUACUCCAAGGUGAUGACUGGGGAUAGCUGCACCCGCCUGGCUAUCAAGCUCAUGACCAACCUGGCGCUGGGGAGAGGAGCCUUCUUGGCCUGGGACACGGGCUUCUCCGACGAGCGACAUGGGGAUGUGGUGGUGGUACGGCCCAUGAGGGACCACACCCUGAAGGAGGUUGCCUUCUACAACCACCUGUUUGCGGUCCCCUCCGUCUUCACGCCAGCCAUUGACACCAAGGCCCCCGAGAAGGCCAGCAUCCAUCGGCUGAUGGAGGCUUUCAUCCUCCGGCUACAGGCCCAGUUCCCCUCCACAGUUAGCACAGUGUACAGGACAAGUGAGAAGCUGGUGAAGGCCCCCAGGGACGGCCCUGCUGCCAGUUCCCCUACCCCCCGCUGCCUCCUCUGCAUGUGCACAUUGGACAUCGAUACUGCUGACAGUGCCACGGCGUUUGGGGCUCAGACCUCACAUCUCUCCCAGAUGCAACCGCCCACUCCGCUGGCUGAAGCGGGAACAUCGCCCGAGCCCUGCUGCGCUCCAGGGGUGGCCAGGGCCCAGGACUGCUGCAGGGGGGCCUGCGAGAGGGAAGACCCUGGGGCCCACGUUGUGGAGCAGCUGUGCUAUGGCUGCCGUGUGAACAUGAAGGACCUGCCAUCCCUAGAUACCUUGCCACCCUAUGUCCUGGCCGAGGCGCAGCUCCGCAGACAGAGGGCCCAGGUCCUGCAGGAGAUCCAGGAGUAUCUGAUCGAGGACAGUGAUGAAGAGGCAGCGCCAGCUCACAGCUGAGCCUCAGGGUCGCACAUGUGGGGACAACUUGGGCCCGACAGCAGGUGCCAGCCACCUGGGGCAGAGGUGUCCACACUAGAGCCAGAUGGCAAGGAUGCAGGCUGGCCUGUGAUUGUCCGUUUGUAUAAAUAAAAACAUUUUUAAUUAGAAAA